AAUGUCAAUAAAAAACAAGGCAUAGAUUUACUCGCGGAGUGCGAGCUUCGGUCUCUGUCGGAGAUUCGCGUCAAUAAUUGGCCACAAGAGCGCAUGCUCCGAGCAGCCGUCAAUUUUCGCAACAUAUCUCUCACUCUCUCUCUCUCGCAGCAGCAGUUCUCGCACUUGGCGUCGACUGUCUGUCGUGUGCAGGUGUUGUCAGUUGAUUUUUCCCAUUGUGCGUAUACAUACGUAGUAUACGCGUUGUUGUUGUGUGUAUAUAAUACGUGCGCUGGACAGCAGCAGCAGCAGCAUUGUCUCAGGAGUCGCGAUAUAUACUCGGCUGCAGCGGAUAGAGACAUAUCUUCGUAUCAGUUCGUCGGAAGCCAGUAGUGCACGCUCGACUGGCAGCAGUGCGAAGCAGCCAACUCCGUGUGCUGUGCGUGUGUCGGUGUUGUGUCAGUCUCUCUCUCUCUGUUUUUUGUUCCGCGAUAUGCUGCUGCAAGUCAGCUGCAACAAAAACAACAGACUCCCACGUACACAACGAAGCAGCAGCAGCAGCAGCAGCACAAGGAGAAACGUGCUCCCACGCAGACGUCGCGCGGCGGUCAAGGUGCGAUCCAGCUCUCCGCUGCUGCUCCGCAUCGAAUAUAAUAACAAUUCAUCCGCUUGAUCGUCAUCGGCGCCCAACCGCCCGACGAAUGUUGUCGCUUAAAUUAGGGAACGAUGGAGUUGUUUCGAAGCGACAGCCACUUCAUUUUCGUCAAAGAGAACUACAGUCUAUGGUGGGACAAGCAGACUGGCGAAUUCGCUGCCAAGUCUGACUGGGAAUGGGGAAGCGCACUGGAGCUGGAAUGCCUGGGCAUAUUUUACGGCCUGAUCGGUAAGAUCGAGCAGCCGAACGUGCUCGAGACCCGGCUGAUGCUGAUCAAGGAGGUGGCCGACGCCGGGGUGCUGCAGGGCGGCCACGUCGUCCACAAGAUCAAGUCCGUGGCCUUUCUGCACCUCGGCUCGGAGAACUUCGACAUCGGCCUGCUGCCCUGCGCCAAGCAUCAGCACAACGCGCCGGGGGGCAAGAAGCCGGGCCCGAGCAGCGGCGCGGGUCUGCUGGACGCGCAGCGCACCACCAGCGGCCUGGCCAAGACCUGGGGCACGAUCAAGAGCGCCGGCAACAGCCUGAGGACGACGACGCAGCAGGCCGCGGCGCUGGCCACCUCGCAGGUCAAGUCCACGGUCGUAGGGGCCGUCGGCAAGCGCACCGGCCUCAAGGACAAGGAGAGGUUCGAGCGGCGCAUCAUCGAGGAGCUCGGCAAGAUCUUCACCGAGACCGACUCGUUCUUCUUCUGCAGGACGCGCGACAUCACCAACUCGCUGCAGAGGAGCUGCGAGAGGCAGGAGCAGUGCGCCGACAAGAGGAAGCCGGCCCUCUGGCGCACCGUCGACAAUCGCUUCUUCUGGAACAGGUUCAUGCUCCAAGACAUCAUUAAUCUCAACACGGACAAGGCAGACUGCUGGAUACUGCCGAUUAUCCAGGGCUACGUGCAGAUCGAGAAAUGCCAGGUGGAGGUCGGCCACGACGAGCAGCCGAUCCACGAGAUCUUCAAUCUGGCGAUAAUCUCGAGGCGAAGCCGAUUCCGGGCGGGCACGAGGUACAAGCGGCGCGGCGUCGACGAGGACGGCAAGUGCGCCAACUACGUGGAGACCGAGCAGCUGGUCUGGUAUCACGAUCACCAGGUGUCGUUCGUCCAGGUGCGCGGCAGCGUGCCCGUCUACUGGUCGCAGCCGGGCUACAAGUACAAGCCGCCGCCGAGGAUCGACCGGGGCGAGGCCGAGACCCAGGUGGCCUUCGACAAGCACUUCGCCGGCGAGCUCGAGACCUACGGGCCCGUCUGCAUCGUGAACCUCGUCGAGCAGAGCGGCAAGGAGGCCGUCAUCUGGGAGGCCUACACGAAUCACGUGCUGGGCCUGGAUCAUCCGGACGUCACGUACACGACCUUCGACUUUCACGAGUACUGCCGGGGCAUGCACUUCGAGAACGUCUCGCUGCUCGUCACGGCUCUCAGCGGCGUCCUGGCCGAGAUGGGCUACUGCUGGCACGACAAGCAGGGCGCCAUCUGCAAGCAGCGGGGCGUGUUCCGGGUCAACUGCAUCGACUGCCUCGACCGGACGAACGUCGUGCAGACCGCCCUCGGCAAGGCCGUCAUGGAGAUGCAGUUCUCCAAGCUCGGCCUCGUGCCGCCCGACGGCGCUCUGCCCACCAACAUACGCCAGACCUUCCAAUUGCUCUGGGCCAACAACGGCGACAUCAUCAGUAAACAAUACGCCGGGACGAACGCGCUCAAAGGCGACUACACCAGAACGGGCGAAAGGAAAUUCACGGGCUUGAUGAAAGAUGGAAUGAACUCUGCCAACAGAUACAUACGGCAACACUUUUUGGACGAAAUGCGCCAGGCGGGGAUUGACGUCUUGCUCGGUUACACGAUAAUCGACCUCGACAAGUUCAACGACGACUGGUCGCACUAUUUAAACAUUAUCGAUAAUUGCUGUCUCGAGCUUAUACCCGCGAAACCACCCAAUAUACAGCUACAACUCGCAACACAUCCCGAAUACCUUUACGCCAAACUCAUGUAUGACGUGACGAGGUAUUACUUGAAUCGCUUCAAGGACGCGUAUCGACAAGCCGGCAUAGACAUGAUGCUGGGCAAUCACGUGAACGAGGAGGUGUUCCACGAGAACGCCGACGAGCACGACAGCGUCGCGACGGCCGAUCACGUGAAGCUGCUCAUCGAGGACUGCAAAAAAUUGCUCAUCCCCGAUCCGGAGAGCGUUCUCAACAGUUGGGGAUUGAUCGACGCCGAUCCUGUAACGGGAGAUCCCACGGAAACGGAGAUGGACAGUAUUUUGAUACUGACUCGGGACAGCUAUUACAUAGCCGAUUACGACGAGCAAAUAGAUAAAGUAACGAAUUACCAAAGAGUAUUGCUUACCGACGUGGUGCUCAUCGAGUGCGGCCAACCCGAGACGACGGUUUCGCUCUUCAAGAACAAAAGCUCCCAUUACUGCAUUAGGAUAAAUUACAAAGUAGGCAACGACUGCGGUUACUUUCACAUGUUCCGCAGUACGAAUUUGAGGUUCUUCAAUAAUAUGGCGGUUGUGAUUAAAACCGAGGAAGAAACGAUAGAAUCGCUCAAAGCCAUCGCGGAGGCCAUCGCGGUAGCCUCCGAGCUCGAGGGCAUACCGAAAAUUCCAAUAGCCAUGAACGUGACGCUCGACAAACGAAGAAGUAAAAUCGUCAACGCCAAGGGUCACGCCGGCUUAUUGGACAUAGCCUCGUUUCCGUCGAUCACGCGCAACGUGUCGGAGACACAGCUGAACGCCAUCAAGUCCGUCGGCACAAAAGCCUUCAGCAACAUGUCCGAACAGUUCAGCAAACUCAACAAAUUCGGUCACAGUUUAGCGUCGAAGCGUCCCAUGGAAUUGGCCAAGAGCAUCGGUAAAAAGGACGUGGUCGACGGCAUCAAACCGACGUUUACCUUGGGCAAGCGCGAAAUCGGAUCUGGUAUUCGACGCGACAGCGACGGCAGCGACGACAGCAGCGCCAGUGACGCAAUCGAUGUCGUCGAACAUCAUGGAAGUCACGACGCGAGACACAAGCCCGACGUCGGAGCACUUUUAGGCUUGCGGACCAACGACGUCGACGAAGUAGGUAAAGAAGUCGAUGGAGCAACGCUAGGGAAUUCUCGAGCUCAGACUGGGUCGGAAUGGUCAUCGUCGCAAAAAAAUCACGCCACGACGCCGGAAAUAACGAUUCAAGGCGUUGGAGAGGCAUUCUCGCAUGUGGCGAGUAGCGAGAAAGCCACUCCGCCAUCGUUCCUUAACUUACCGAAAAACAUCAGCCAUUCGACUGGUGAAGUUGAUAGUCACACGAAUCCAAGCGGCGACUCUUCGAUACACAUCAAAAGACUUCAAGCUGACGGCACACCUCAACGAUCGAGUUCGGAGCAGGACUUGACAGUAUCGAGUAUCAGCACAUCUCACAGUGAAUCGGCUAUAAAAACGGCAAAGUCGAACUUUACGAAUGCUUCGUCACCGGUCGCGACCGCAGCCAAGGAAAUACUCUCACCUUUUUCGAAAUUAGCCAAGGGCGUACAAAAUCUUGGAGCGAAUCUUGACCCGCGCAAACUGAAGCCCGGUCAGACAGGAUUAUCGCGCAACUUUUCGGAACAUCAGCUCGAGGAACGAGCUAAAAUGAUUGAAAAGUGGUCCAAGAGCAGAUCGAAACUUAUCUUUCUUUAAACCGUUGGUUUUUGAUGAUAAUACUCACACGUGCUUUUAGAAAAUUUAUGAAUUUUAGUAUUUACUAAGAGAAACAUUCUGUUUUUUAAUGGUGUUUAUGUAAUCAAUACGGACUUUUUUAAAUUCAGUUUAACUCUGAAUGAAGAGAAUUAUAUUUUGUAACAACCAGUUUCUAGUUGAAAGCUUACUUAGAAAAAAAUAGUAUACGUCAAUGUAAACUGUAACCACAUUUUAUCGUCAACAUAUAAUCUACCAAACUUAACGUUGCUAAAAAAAGGCGUAUCAAACCUGAGUCUGAUCUUUUUUAAUAUGUAUCUUUUCCUAUACACUUACCAAAAGUACAACACUGUCAAUCAAUACUCAUGAAAUAGUAAUGAAAUUAUCUUUAAUUUUUUAACUUCUACUAGUAGUCAAAUUCCGAUUAAAUUUUAUAAGCGGAUUCGUAAGAUUCCUUGUUUUGAAUUUGAUCUAAUUGUGUAUAAAAUGAUGCAUAAACUGACCACCAAAAAAUUUUUGAAAAAAACCCAUAAAUAAUCAUAUUGGGAAAGAAUGUAUUAAAUAAAGUUUGUAACUUGCGAACUGAAUGUAAACUAAAAUUAUAGUAGAGCUGAGCUGGUAGUCAAUUAUGUAAAUACAAAGACUAUCUUUAAAAGAUUAUUAAAUUUAGAAAAAUAUAGGAAAAUUUUUUUUAUAUUGUAUCAAAAUAUAAAUUAAUUUGGUAUAAAUAUUUUACAUGAUAUUUUAAUUUUCAUACUUUUUGGAUUCCGGUUACAAAGGAAUCUUUCCACUUUUGGAGGAAUAUAUUUGUAGAAUUCAUUCU